GGGAACUCACCAGAUAUUCCAGAACUAGAAGUUGACCUUUUAGAGCAUAGCUGUAGUUACAUAUAUAAAUAUAUCUAAUGCAUUUAAGAAUUUAGUUAAUUUGUUGAUUCAACUCUCUCUCUAUGCCCUUUAAAUGGCAACUUAAUUAAGUAGGAUCAUAAUUUUAAGAGAAUUCUAAAAAACCCCACACUCCGAUAAAAACAAGGCGGUGGCUCAUGGCGGUUGGACGGCGGCAGCUGGCGGUGCUUCUCCUCCUCCUUUUCUUGGUGGUGUCUUCCACGGCGGUUCCUGUCUCAAGAAGCCUAAAGACAGUCAAGAAUCAAGUGUUACUCGGCAAAUUUCAUGUUCAGGAUGUAGGUGAAAUUGAGAAUGAUGAUGAGAUGAUGGUGAGCUUGUUGGAGAGAAGAAUGAACAUUGAACUUACAGAUUAUCCAGGGACAGGAGCAAACAAUAAUCAUGAUCCAAAGCCUCCUGUGAAAUUUUAAUCAUCACCAAAUAUUUCUGAUUACUCAAUAAUCAAUCAAAUUGUAAUAUUUCAAGCACACGUGAAUGGUCAUGUUAUCUUGUUUUAUGGCUUCUCCUUAGUCUUUAUUUUAUGCUUCCUGAUUUCAAGUCAUUUUUCAGCUGUCUGUGUAAUUGUGAAGGUUAUUUUCUGGAUUUUGGAUCUAUGGAAUUAUGUGUUUCAAUUUGUAAAUAUACGCUAAUACUCUCUUCAUUUAUAUAUCUUUUAUAUUUUUCUAGGUA